UUCUGGACGCGGAGCUCGCGGCUGACUCUGGCCCCGCUCGGAGUCCCGGGACGCGGGGACCCCCGCUGAGCGCACGGACUCCGAGCCCUUUCCCCGGGCCGGGCGCACGGAGACCCGGCACUCCUGGGGCGCAGACGCUCCCCUCCCCGGUCCCGGCUGCGGGGCGCCCCUUCCCCUCCGGUGCGCUCGGACCCCCCAGGCACUGCACGGGCCCCCUCCCCCCGGGGGUAGCCUGUCUCUCCCCUCCCCAGCCCGACUCCCGGGCGCACGGACCGUGUCCUUGGGCAGAUGGAGAAGGGGAAGCUGGGGGCGCUGCUGGAGCAGCCGCCGCGGACGGUGAGCUGCAAUGGGUACGCGCUGGAGGAGAAGCAGCAGCAGCCGCUUCCGCCCGCUCCGAGCCGGGCCCUGGAGAAGCCCCGGUACUCGCAGGGCACCAGCUCGCAGUGCCUGGACAACUGGAAGGAGGAGAGGACCCGCAGCGAGGAGGAUAACGAGAUGAACCUGCCCAGCCUGGCCGCCGCCUACACCACCAUCCUGCGCUCGCUGGGCGAGGACCCCGAGCGGCAGGGACUGCUAAGGACCCCUUGGAGGGCAGCCACCGCCAUGCAGUUCUUCACCAAGGGCUACCAGGAAACCAUCUCAGAUGUUCUGAAUGAUGCCAUAUUUGAUGAAGAUCAUGAUGAGAUGGUAAUUGUGAAGGACAUAGACAUGUUCUCAUUGUGUGAACAUCACCUGGUUCCGUUCGUUGGAAAGGUACAUAUAGGUUAUCUUCCUAACAAACAAGUUCUUGGUCUCAGCAAGCUUGCUAGGAUUGUGGAGAUAUACAGUAGAAGACUACAGGUUCAGGAGCGCCUUACAAAACAAAUUGCAGUAGCCAUCACAGAAGCCUUGCAGCCUACUGGAGUUGGAGUGGUUAUUGAAGCGACACACAUGUGCAUGGUAAUGCGUGGGGUGCAGAAGAUGAACAGUAAAACGGUCACUAGCACAAUGUUGGGUGUAUUCCGGGAGGAUGCAAAGACUCGGGAAGAGUUCUUAACCCUCAUCCGAAGCUGAAGCGGUGCCACUCGCCGAAUGCUCUCUGCAGAUCAUACUGUCCGUGCCACUGUCUGUUCUUAACUCUUUGUGCAGCUCAUUUUUAACGAAGUCGUGCGUUCUAAUAUGUGCAGUGAAAUAAUUUUGAUGGUAAGUCAAAACUGUAACCGUGAGGUAGGCCCUAUGGAUAUCUGUGCUGUCUCUUGUGUCACAGGAUAACCCAGCUACCGAUAGUUUUUAAUUAUACUUGCUCCAUCUACACUACAAUUUUAUUGCCAGUAGAACUUUAUUUGGCAGGUUAUGUACAACACAGCAUAGGAAAUGUUGAAAGGCUACAGAUCUUUGCAAGGUAAUCUACGUGCCACAUAUACUGCCUCAUAUUCCUAACAGGAAGUUCUUGAAUGAUCUCCACUGACGUGUCAGGAUUCGUACUGUACCAUUAAUUGCAAAUCUUCUGAUAUGUUGGUUUCAGUCUUUGAAUAUGCAUGUCGUACCUUUUCGUGUGACAAUCUGGUGACACUUAUAUUUUGUUAGUAUUCACCUUCUCUCCUUUGUGGCUUUAGUUUGUUACAAAGGCAUAUUGUUAUCGUGCUAGUCUCAACAUGCAGGGAAUUAAUUUCAACAAUUCAGGAGGGGGCAAUCUUAUCUCAGUCUGCAGGGGUUUAUGCACCUUCCCCUCUGUGCCUCAAAAUAAGAUUAUUAUACCACUGUAACUGUAGCAGUCAUUUUAUAUAAAUUACUGUUUUCGGUUUUCAAAGAGCUAAUGAAUGCAAACAGAGUUUUAACCAUUUUAUAUCAUUUUGAGUUUGCUUUCCUGGAUUUUCCAGGUGUUAACUGGGCUAGAUAACUAAAUUACACACACAAUAUUUGUGUAAAGAUUUCCCUUAGGAAAACUAUACAUGGGGAAAAUUAAUCCAGAAUAAAAUAGAUUGUGAAUUUAAAAGUGAAUUAACUAUUCCUGAUUAACUCCAUGUGUGGACGCUCUUAUUAGAGUGUAGAGUUAAUCAGGAUUAGACAAGCUCUUCCAAUAUUUUAAACUUGUAAUCUUGUCCAACUCAAUGGAUCAAAGCCUGUGAACUGAAGUGACUCCUGAACUCUGCACACCAGACACAUCUUUUCUGAUGGAACAUAAUUCCAUGUCAGUGUAGCCCUGUAAAUACACUGGUAUGAACUGUUCAGUUGUUCCUCUUUCAUGAGGGCAACUGAGCAAAGUACUUCCCAGGAGACCAAAGUGAGUUAAACAUAUUUUCUGAAACCUCGGCAUGUGAAGCAGGCAGUUAAGAGGAACUGAUUUAAUGUAUUAAAUUAUUAGGAAAAUGUAAUGUGUGUUUUGUAACUCUUAAUUGGGACAAUAUGGUGCAAAUCAAAAUCACCCAUUUGCUUGUAAAACCAAAGGCAAUACAUACACAAUUCUGUGCAGACUUUCAAAGAGCCAGAGUCCAAAUUCAUAUAGCACGCAGUGUCUCUGGGUGAGAAUGUAAAAUCCACUACAGGCUAAACUAAAAGGUGAGCUUUGAGCUUGAGUCAGCAAAUUAUUGCUCGUUUAUGCACAAGUUGUUAAUGCCCAUUUUCAUCCCGUGACGAAAGGAAACUAAAAGUAUUUUAUCAUCAGGCCCGUAGUUCUGCAACAAGGUGAAUGUGAUAAUCAUAUGCUGCCCUUCUCUAACUGUCACACUUCAAUUGCCAUCUGCCAGCAAUCUCUAGAAAUACUGGAUAAAGUUAAUGUCUUUACUCACUCAUGCUAAGACAUUGAAAGCAUUAAUAAGAAAACUGUACAUUAUUCUGAAAACACGAACCUCACUACUCCGGUGCUGAGCACUCUAGAAAUGCCUUUCUCUUACAGCAGGCCGACUAUUCUGAAUCAAUCAGUAUUGCACAGAAUAAAUCCAGAGUUGCUCAUUGGAUUCCUCCCCACCCCCACCCCCAAUAAUAUUGCUUCAGAUCUACAGCAGUGGUUCUGGGAGCAGCAUUGAGUCCUUGACUUCAAUAUAUUUUUUUAAUAUGUUAAUUAAAAAGCCUUAAAUCACUCUAGUCUGGAAUGCAGAGUAAGAUUUGUUCUCUCUUCUAGUGCAGCAGCUCUAGAAAGAACUUGAGGACCAAAGAGUUUUAGACACAGAUACAUUUUUCCUGUGAUCACGUGCUUGCUUUGAAACUGUAAAGUCUCUAAAGCACAGUCUUAGGCCAGGUCUACGCUACAAAGUUGUCGAUACGGCCAUGUUGGUUAGAGGAGUGAAAAAAAACACACCCCCUCGCUGUAGUAGCUAUACUGGCAAAACCCCCAGUGUAGACACAGCUAUACGGACAAAUGUAGGAUGGUCUUCAAAUUAUUGGGAUGCCACAACAGAGUGGUUCUGUCAGCGGAGCUGAUGUCCUUCAGGGAGGGGUAUUUCUAAAUGGCCAGAAAAACUCUUUAACCGUAUAUACCGUGUCUACACUAAGGGGCUAUAUGAGUAUAGCUGUAGUGGGAGAGCCUGCGCAAGGCAGACUAGCCCUUCCUCUUCUAGAGGUAACAGAAGGGGUUGUAUUUUUAACCACUUAUCUCUCUUCAGGAUAAAGUCCACGUUACACCACCACGCUUCAUUGUCUACGUCAUCGUGAUCUGUAGUCCUUGAAACAUACCUCUAUGUACAUGUGGCCUUGGAUUUUGUUCGGAUUUUUGUAGGAUUUGGUGCAUUUUGGAACACUGACUCCAAUGAGUUUUAACUACAUCCAGUGUAUGUAUGUACACUACACAGUCUGCUGUUGUACCCCAUAAAAGUCUAUUGAGUUUAAAACAUUACAGUAUUAUCCUUUGGAAUGUAUUAGUGUGACUUGCAACUGUGUGAGAUUAUACCAUCCAGCCUGUAUGCAAAGCAACCGCUUAAAUAUAAACAAGGGACAGAGGGGUAGGGUGUGCUCCAGCUUUGGCAAAUCUUUUUAGGAGGGGGAUUGAAGCUACAGCUGCAGCUGCUGUUUCCAUCUGGCUUAGGCCUUGCUUUCUUUUCCCACCACCUCCUCCAUUGGGACUACCCCUGCAAUCUGUUAAGGCUUAGUACCUGCCUUGCUGUGCCGCUAGAGACCACAGCUCUGGCUUCCUACCCCCUCACGACACAGGCCACACUUCCUUUAGAGUCAGACUUCCUCAUGUCUCCGAGGCAAUGCCUGAAAGCCACAACAUGGUCUCUCCCCUGCUGAGUGUUCUGCCUUUUCCCUUCCUCGCAAUCCAGAAGUCUGAGCCUCGGUUCGUCUUAACUUUCAUCACUUUAAUUCAAACAGCCUGACAAAACCAAAAUAGCAUCUGCCACACCAGCUAGCCGUGGGAACUACUUUUGCUGAGAAGGCAGCAGGGCCACCCUUAGGCAUACGCAGCUGGGUAGGGCACCAUGAAAUUUGGGGCACUGAAUUUAAUGGUGCCUUAGGCAGCUGCAUGCUGCAUACGUGGCAGCACCAGCCCUGGCGACCAGCCCUAUCCCUUGGCCGGCCCCCCCUGCAAGGGACAGGGCCAUCCCUAGGGGAGUAUGGGGCUCCGGACACCUCCUUCCGCCCUGC